AUGGAUGGUGCUCAUGUUAGCGAUAUACAAGCGAAAAGUACUGAAUCUAGUGAACCAACUUCCUUAAUAACCGCUAAUAACACUCGGUGUACCAAAAGUGAUACUGUAAGAAAACGUUUACUUACCAGUCCUACAUCUGUUAUCCAAAAUGGGAAUCAAUCCAUCCAAUGCUCUAGUAAAGCCAAAAAGAGAAAGAGUUCUAUAUGUAAAGAUGACAAAUAUAUUGCAAAGGCAGAAGAUAAUUCAAAUGAAGAUGACAUUGAAGAGGAAAAAGAGAUUUUUGCUUUAUUGGUUUCAAAUAUACCUUUUCAAUGGACUUCUGAGCAAAUCACUGAAUUCAUUCAGGAUCAUAAAAUUGAUGUGUACGCUAUAGAGUAUUUGGAUGGUGGAGACCCAGACUUUGGUCAAAGAUUACGGCUGUCAUUCUUGAGUUUUGAAAAGUGUAAUGAGGCGAGAAAGAAACUCAAACUGAAGAUGGUGAAAGGCCGUAAACUGUCUGUUGCUUUUAUUGUUCCAGAGGAUUCAGACAGUGACAUUGAUUCAAAAACAUCCCUUCUUAUCGAUAAAAGCGAGUGCAAACCGGCGACCACGCCGUCGCCUCUGCCUCUGGAGGUGGACGUGGCGCCUGACCCUGAAGGGUUUUACGGUCUGAGGGCGGACUACUUAGAGUCCUUGGGGAUAAGGCCGCCAAUCGACAGAUGGGUGCACGUUUCUAACUUCAGAUGCGACAAAUCGGAGCUGAAAGAGGUAUUGGAGCUCGCCGGGCAAGUUGUGAUAUGCAACGUGAUAAUGACCAGAGAAAGAUAUUCCAAGGUCAUGUACAGCCACCCCCUGGAAGCGGUCCAGGCCGUGUCGAUGCUGAACGGACGGCUGUUAUACGGGCAAGUGCUCAAGGUGUCGAUGUACCAGUGUCCGCACGAGGUGAUCCUCCCGAAGGGGCUGGCUGACGUGGGCCCAGGGCUGGGGGAGGGCGGUAGACCGCUGAGGGACAUCGCCAAGGAGUACGCGCGGCACAUAAUGGGGGGCCAUUCCGCCGUGGACCGCUCGAUCUUCGUAGAGAGGGGCGGUGGACAGAGCCGAACGCCGAUUAAAGGGAACCCUACGAAACAGCCGCGGCCGCCGAGCUCCGAGUCCGCCCCUGGGUACCCGAACCCGUCCAACGUACCGAUAACCAACAGCACCGGUCCGUACCAAUCGGGCCGAGCGCCUGGCGCCGAGCGAUUCGAGCCGCCCGUACCGAACCGGCCGCAAACCGUGGUACGGCUCUCCGGGGGUGACGUCGGCCACCAAAGCUGCCCUGUCCCCGGACUAAGAGGCCCGGGAAUUUUCAAUCCCGGCGCAGUCCGGCACCAGACUCCGCCCGCGAACCCCGGAAUGGCGGCCAACACCUGGGCGAGUUAUGUUGCGCCUAACUUGAACAAUCGUCCAGUCGAUAGACUUGCCCAGCAGUGUAAGGGACCAACCGCCACAGUGGAAUUGAGCAAUCUUCCCCUGUCGACCACGUUUCCCCUGCUCUCCGAGAAAAUGGCUCAGGUCGGUCAGGUGAUGUCCUUGGAGCUGACCAGGGCGGGGUGCGCCUUGGUCCGUUUCGCGAAUCCAGCGCAGGCGCAGAGAUGCUACCAGCAUUUCAACAAGAUGUGUGCGAUGGGGAACACGAUCGAAGUGAGAUUCGUU